AUGGCUUCUUCUGAAUUCUCAGCGGCGCCAUCAGCCGACGAUGGGAAGAACGUUCUCCGGUCAUCCCCCAGAAGCUCUGAUAGCACUCCUACAAGCGGUGAAGUGGUAGCUGACGAGAAAGCCGAGAUCAUUCUCAAUAACGUCAAAGAGGUCAAAGAGGCCGAAGAAGCUGGAGAUGCAGAUGACCAUAAUGUUGAGUAUCCGAAAGGAGUCCGGCUGGCUCUCAUUAUUCUGGGACUGGCCAUGGCUGUGUUUCUGGUGUUUCUCGACAUGACUCUUAUUGCAACCGCCAUUCCAGCAAUCACGAAUCAAUUCAACUCAUUGCAACAUGUCGGUUGGUACGGUUCCGCAUACAUGUUGAGCCUUUGCUCCUUUCAACUGGUGUAUGGAAAAUGCUAUGAGCUCUUCUCCCUAAAGUGGACAUUCAUGGUAGCCAUUACCUUCAGAGAAAUUGGCCUCGCAGUUUGUGGAAGCGCUCCGAACUCCAUUGCUUUUAUCAUCGGACGUGCCAUCACCGGAAUUGGCUGCAGCGGCAUCAUCAUCGGUGCCUGGGUUGUCCUCGCUCAUUCUGUGCCGAUCCGUCAACGUGCAGUCUACACGGGAUUUUUAGGCGCAUUCUCUGGCGUCGGUGGCAUCAUCGGACCAUUAAUCUCAGGAGCUCUAACUGAUAGUCAUCUCUCAUGGCGUUGGGCUUUCUACAUCAGUAUUCCAAUCGGAAUUGCAACUCUAGCUCUGAUUCUCUUCUCCUUUAGGCCGCCGAAUCAGUCAGACCAGGAUGCCAAUAAGACCUUGAAACAGAAGCUGAAAGAGUUCGAUGUUCUUGGUCUGACCAUCUUCUUUGCCUGCAUGAUUUGCCUACUCCUAGCAUUGCAAUGGGGUGGCUCAGAGUAUGCAUGGGGUAGCGGCCCUAUGAUUGCUCUCCUGGUGCUUUUCGCUGCUCUGUUGAUCGCAUUCAUUGUCGUGCAGAUAUGGAAGGGUGACAAAGCCGCCCUUCCUCCUCGUCUGAUGAAAAUGCGAAAUGUCGCAUUUGCCUGUUUUUACGCUGCCUGCAUCGAUGCCGCCUACUACACGGCCGACAUUUGGUUGCCAAUUUGGUUUCAGGCGAUCAAGAACAACUCGGCAAGGGAGUCUGGUGUCAAGCUUGUGCCCUAUGUUGGCGGAGAGGUUGUCGCCGCCUUCUGUGCCGGUUACCUCGUAACAUUCACCGGCUGGUACAACCCUUUCAUGGUCAUUGCUACAGUCGUGGCAUCUAUUGGUCUUGGACUUAUGACAACAUUCGAAAUAAACACAGGCCCAUCCAAAUGGAUCACUUAUCCUAUCAUCGCUGGCAUCGGGCUUGGUACCGGAACUCAGCAGCCAAUGAUGGGCGUCCAGUCAACACUCGCACUUCCAGACAUACCUGCAGGUACCGCAGCUGUCACGUUGUUUCAAAAUCUGGGGCCAGCCAUACUUAUGUCGGUUGCCAAUUCAGUUUUUGCCAACGGCCUCACGAAACAUCUACACGGCACAGGAGGUCUUGAUGGGAAGACAGUUGCGGAUAUGGGUGCUACAAAUCUGAAAGAGAUGAUUCCAGCAGAUCUGCUUGAUGCUGUUGUUGAGGCUUAUAACAAAGCUCUCCAAGAAACGUUCCGCGUACCCAUGGCAGUGGCGGUAAUCUCGAUCAUCGGGGCAAUAGGUAUGAAAUGGGAAAAGUUACCGGGCUAA